AUGAGUAUAUUAUUUUUAUCAGAUCAAGAUAUUAGUGGAAUCACAUUGGGAGUAGUUGGAUUAGUCGUUUGGUAUCUUAUUCACAAGUCACAUGGUAGAUUUGCACAUGGGUUAUUAGUAUCAUUGUUGGCCUCAUCUGCCGGUUUCAUUGUUGCCUCAUCUAUCAAUGGUUAUGCAACUGCCAAUGAAAAAUUGAUUGAUUUCUGUGUCGCUGCUCUCAUUCUUACUUUAUCUGUACUUGGUAAUACUGAAGGUUCAAGAAAAUCAUUAUUACUUGGAUUAUUAGUUGAAACUGCAUGGUCUUUAUUACACCAUGUUUGGUUUAGUCAUGUAUUUGCUCCACGUACUGCCAUCCCCUACUAUUUCCCAUUAUUUGUAACUGUUUUCAAUAUCGGUAUCAUCAUUUAUUAUUAUGAUAUUAAGAUUGAUCAUCACAAAAAAAGAUAA